AUGGCGUACUGCAGCGGCACCGUCGGGAGAGUCUCGGUCAAGCGGAAAAGCAGCCUGGGCCGCGAGGUCCUCGCCACAGACAGGCUGGGCGAGAGCGACAGGGGCGGUGCCGCGCAACCGCAAGGGCGGCUGAACUUCAAACCCUGCCAUGGCGUGAGGCAGCAGGGAGGUGCCGGGCUGGAUCCAGGACAUGGUGGCCUGGAGGUGCAUCGCACUUUGCAGCGCCGCCAGUUCCUGCCGCGCAUUUUGCUACCUCGACCACAAAACACCCAUGCCCAUUUCGGCUUCGGGAUGUUCAUUGAUCAUGAAAGCAGGCAGCCGCUCUCGCUGGCCACCUUCCGCGAGCAGUUCGAGGCCCGGCCGGACGCCGUGCUCAACAGCCUUUGCCAGUGGCUCCAGCGCGCCAAACUUGACGACGGUGAGUUUGACAUGGAGAGCGAGCCCACAGCCACCAAGCACGUCAUGCGGAUGAACGGGAGCCGUUACGAGACGGUCUGCAUCUCCAUCAAGAUACGCAGGGUGCCCUCGCUGUGGCUCCCUACUUCCUUUGUGGCCCUUCAGGUGACCCGCGGCACCCGAGCGGAGCUCAGGGGCUUCCUCUACCACUCCAACUCGCCCUUCUCCGCGCUCCUGGACAACCCCCGGCGGAGGUGCUCCGUGGCCUUCGGCCCCCGGGAGGGAGCCGGUGCCCGCCUGAUCGAAGCCGCGGCCGCCCUGCCCACGCGCUCGCUCGGGGCUGGCGGAGGCGAGCCCCGCGCGGACGGGGCCAGGGCGGGGAGAGGUCGCCCGAUCGUCUCCGUGCCAACGUCGCCGAUGCCUCGCCCGCGCUUCGCUUCGCUUCGCUCCCCGCCGAGGUCGCCCGAUCGUCUCCACGCCGACGUCGCCGAUGCCUCGUCCGCGCUUCGCUUCGCUUCGCUCCCCGCCGAGGAAGACGACAGCGAAGAGUUUGCCGACCCCGCGGACCUGCUCGCCGAGGCCUCCACCGCCAUCCACCGGCUCCAGAACAGCUGGCGCGAGGAGAGGCGAGAGGCCGUGGGCACGUUGUGGCGGCAGCUCGAGGCGGAGUACGGCGUGGAGGCGGGCGAGGUUCCCGGCGCCUUCCUGGCGGGCGCGGGCGGCGCGGAGCUGGCCUCGGAGCCGUCGGAGGCCUCGGCCGCGGACCACGAGGCGGCGCUGCGGGAGGCGACGGAGGAGCCGCCUGGGGGGCCCAUCCUGGGCUGGUGA